UCGACCCAAGCCUGAGAGGGGUUGGGUGUGUCACUUCGGAAAGCCAUCCCUACCCCUCUUGCUUGCCUUUUUCUGUUAUUUUUGGGAGUGUUUUAAGUGCUUUUGUGACCUGCGGUGAGGACUGGACGACUGAUUCUAUCAAGUAGCCAAGAUGUCGUCGGUUAAAGUGGCAGUGAGGGUGCGGCCCUUCAACAACCGCGAGAUCUCACGCGAGUGCAAAUGCAUCAUUGAGAUGGCCGGCAACACCACCAGUAUUGUGAACCCCAAGGCCCCACCCGGAAGUAAGGACGCCACCAAGAGCUUCAACUAUGACUACUCCUAUUGGUCACACAACCCUUCAGAUCCCAACUUUGCCACACAAUCUGAUGUUAUGCGGGACAUAGGCAUAGAAAUGUUAGACCAUGCAUUUGCAGGUUAUAAUGUUUGUAUCUUCGCAUACGGCCAGACUGGGGCUGGCAAGUCCUACACAAUGAUGGGCAAGCAGGAGCAAGGACAUGAGGGUAUUAUUCCUCUCAUUUGUAAAGACAUGUUCAAAAAGAUUGCAAAUUGUACAGAUGAUGAACUCCAGUACUCAGUAGAGGUGAGCUACAUGGAGAUCUACUGUGAACGUGUACGAGACUUACUCAACCCAAAGACGCAGAACCUCCGAGUUCGUGAGCACCCCCUUCUCGGACCCUAUGUAGAAGACUUAGCCAAGCUUGCCGUCACAACCUACGAUGACAUCAAUAAUCUCAUUGAUGAGGGCAACAAAGCAAGGACCGUUGCUGCCACAAACAUGAAUGAGACAUCUUCUCGCUCCCAUGCUGUAUUCACCAUGGUCCUAACACAGCGACGCAAUGACAGCACAACCAAACUCACAACAGAACGUGUUUCUAAGAUUUCCCUAGUAGAUCUGGCUGGUUCCGAGCGUGCAGAUUCCACUGGAGCCAAGGGGACACGCCUCAAAGAGGGCGCCAACAUCAACAAAUCCCUGACAACACUCGGAAAAGUUAUCUCAGCACUUGCAGAAGUCACUUCAAAACCCAACAAGAAGAGGAAAGCAGAAUUUAUUCCUUACCGUGACUCUGUGCUAACAUGGCUGCUGCGAGAGAACCUAGGAGGCAACAGCAAAACAGCUAUGGUGGCUGCAAUAUCCCCAGCUGACAUCAAUUAUGAUGAAACCCUUUCAACUCUAAGGUAUGCAGAUCGUGCAAAGGCCAUUCGUUGCAAUGCUGUUGUCAAUGAAGACGCCAAUGCCAAGCUAAUUAGGGAGUUGAAGGAGGAGAUUCAGCGUCUCCGUGAGCUGCUGAAACAAGAAGGCAUCGAGGUGCAGGAAGCGGGCACGGAGGGUGAAAAGGUCAUCUACAACAAUGAAAACCGCCCCGCUGACUUGGGGCCAUGGUCAGAUGACAUGCAAUCCUCUACCAUGGACUUGCAAUGA